CGAGCGGUGUCUGGGUACCCGCGGCGUCCGGCUGGAGCGCGGCGUCUGUGAGGAAAACAGAGCUUCUGUGAGCGCGGCGUCUGUGAGGAAAACAGAGCUUCUGUGAGCGCGGCUUCUGUGAGGAAAACAGAGUUUGCGCUGCCGGGGCUUGACGGUCUGCAACAUGAGCGGCCUGGAGGGGGACGAGAACACCCCUCUCGCACGGACCCUCAGCCUGGCGGCUCUCCGAAGUCCUCCGGGAGAUGUCGAGGCGAUACAGGUGAUGGCGGAGACCGGUGAGGGAAGUUUGGGGUCUGUCGCACGGGCACCGACCAAGCUGUCAGAGGAGGGGGGCGUGCCGCGGGAGUCCACGGACGGUGGCCUUGCUGCCCGGUCCCGAGUCGCAGGGGGUCGCGGUCCCGGAGCGAUCGAGGCCGGGCGGGAAGAGGCUCCGCCUCCCUCGGAGGGACUGGAAGCUGCUUUGGUGGCGACGGCCACUGGCUGCAGCCUUCAUAAUGUCUUUCAGGGUGGGGAGAAGGUUCCAGAAACUUGUGGCGCAGAGAGGUCGGAGUCUGAGGCGAUGCUGGGGCCCGAGGCUGAGGAAGCGGAGGUUGCAAAGCGUGCGGUCGAUUCCGAAGCCGUGGAUGAGGAGAGGGCUGACGUGGUGGAGCCGGGGGAAGUAACGGAGAAACAAGAACAGCCGGAGGAGAUGGAGGUGGAGAAGCCGGCAGGUGAAGGAGGAGAGGUGGAGAAGGAAGAUGGAGUGGGAGAGGCGGCGCAGGAGGAGGCCCGUCCCUGGCGUCUGAGUGCGGCCCUGCGCAUGAACCCGCUGGAGGCCAUCCAGCAGGAACUGGACACGGUGAAUGCUCAGGCUGACAGGGCCUUCCAGCAGCUGGAGCAGAAGUUUGGGCGAAUGCGUCGGCACUACCUGGAGCGGAGAAACUACAUCAUCCAGAAUAUCCCGGGUUUCUGGAUGACCGCCUUUCGGAACCACCCCCAGUUGUCCAGCAUGAUUAGGGGCCAAGAUGCAGAGAUGUUAAGGUACGUAACCAACCUGGAGGUAAAGGAACUCAGACACCCUAGGACUGGCUGCAAGUUCAAAUUCUUCUUCCGAAGAAACCCCUAUUUCAGGAAUAAGCUGAUUGUGAAGGAGUAUGAGGUUCGAGCCUCUGGCAGAGUGGUGUCUGUUUCCACGCCGAUCAUAUGGCGCAGGGGACACGAACCCCAGUCUUUCAUCCGUAGAAACCAAGACCUCAUCUGCACUUUCUUCACCUGGUUUUCAGACCACAGCCUUCCUGAAUCCGACAAAAUUGCGGAGAUUAUCAAAGAGGACUUGUGGCCAAAUCCACUGCAGUACUACUUGUUGCGUGAAGGUGUCCGAAGAGCCAGACGCCGCCCAAUAAGGGAGCCGGUUGAGAUCCCCAGGCCCUUUGGGUUCCAGUCGGGUUAAGCUUUGCGCUUGGGAAUCCUGCACAAGGUUCCUCAUCACCUUCUGUUGGCCUGUCCUGGGACAACAGUGAUGAAUCUGCCGCCUUUUGGUUUUUGUUAAGCUUUCUGCAUUCUGUCUUCUGUUAGACAUUUAGUCUGCUAAACCUCCAGAUUGAGACCAUUGUAGGCAUGCUGCUUCACUUCUACGUGACCUUCAUGCUGCUCUACAUUAGUGACAUGCUGCGUGAUUGUGGUGCACACCACUGUAAAGCUAAGCAAAUGAGGACUGUAGAUUACACUGCUUUUAUCUCCAUUGCUUACUUAAAAACUUCCUUUGUUCCCAGGAAACUUUGUUCUGGUUACUACCACCAGGAUUUAUAGUUUUGUUUCAAAAUCCAUUCUACAUAGCCUCUGCAUCCAGCAUUGAAGUAUAUGGUUUGUGAGCAGUUACGUGACUUAAUAUAAUGUGAAGGAAGAACAGCAGGGUCCCAUUUGUUUCAUAUCGUUUAUGCUACUCCAUUACUCUUCAGUAUCACUGUUACUGUUUCCAUGGCUAUCUCUCUGGCUGCUGCUAGUAUUUCUUAAGAGAAACAUUAUGAUAAAAUGAUCUGCAAAAGAAGGCUUUUUAGUUUAUUUUGCUUUAUUGUUCCUAGAGAGGUUAUUUAGUAAAAUUUUUAGGGAUUUUGCAUUCUCAGCUCUCUUCCCAAGUUACCAACUCCUUUCAUAAGUCCUGGAGGGCUCAAAGAGAUCUGGUAGGCAAUGGAUGGAAGAAAUAAAGAGAUUGUGAUGAAUGCCAUGGACAGGGAAAACUGAACAAAAGAUCAGAAGCAGAAGUGAGCCAGGCAAAUAUUGGGCAAGGAUUUGGCUGACAGAGCCUUCUAGCAGAGGAUACUUAAUUAAAUUGUAAGAGUAACAUGUUUCUUAGGGUGGUGAUAAAGAGGAUUGGUUAUUAAAAUAGUGCCUAAACAAUAGUUGUUUAAAGAAAUUCAGUGCUACUUUGGAUGCGUUCUGUUUUGCUAUUAUGUGACUUGAUGUGGAAGAUUAUCACUGUACCCUUGUUUCAUUAGUAUUUCAUGUUACUGUUUUCUGUUUCUGCUUGCUUGGUAAAUUGAGCUGUACUGACUUCUGCUUUCAAGUAGGAACAUUAGAAUUAAUCUUGCUUUCCUGUGCAAUAUUAAGACUUACGUGAAUACUUAUAGUAGUUUUCAACUUGUUCUUGUUUCUACUGAAUUCUGUUAAAUUCCAUUAUAGUUUUAGAAACAUGGUUUGAACAAGUGGGUCAUUAUUAGUGGGUCAUUAUUAAACUAUUUAAUAUAGUUUUAUUGAAAAAUAAUUUAUCCAAAAGUGUGUGGCUUAUUUGGAUAAUUUGGGUAAUAACUUAGUAUUUGAUGUAUCUUUUCCUAAGUUAUGCAAUACUUGUAACACUGCUGUGUCAAAAUAGAAAUGUACAAUUGGCAUAUUUGUCUUAUAUGCAUGAUAAUAAAAAAUAAAAGCAUGUUGCUCUGCUGGA